AUGUGGAAAACCAAAUUCGAUUUUUCUCUUAACCAAGUGUACUACGAAAACACUUCCGAUGGUUCUAUCUCUUUCGAUUUACCAUGUGAGGUUCAGAACUUGAAAAGCAAGCCAAAAGGUAAGCUUUUCUCUCAAUGGCAAUCUCGCUUCUGUCCUGUGGCUCGCAAGUCUCUGCCAAAGUGUGAUGUCGUUGCCGACUCGGCGGUUGCAAAAAGCACUACUAUGCGUAAGAGCUCUACCAUUAGCUCCGACAGCUCUACCCUCGUGCAAUCUUCUCCUUCUGAGACUUUUCAGCCAUUGCUUGAAGCUCGUCCUAGUUACAGAUCCUCUUCCCCUAGUCUGAUGUCCUCUGAGGGCGCUUCUGACUCCACUAAAAGAUACACUACAAAGCCAUCGAAGACCAGUCCGCGCGAUCUGUAUGGAUCUGAGCCUCGCUCGCCCACUUCUCCAAAAAUGAACAUGCUGGCAUACUUUCCUCUCCUCACCUCUAAAUAUCAACACCAUUUUGCCCACAUGGAUGACACCAACAUGUGGCCUGCAACUUUGGAUGUUCAGCUGAGGCUUCUGGAAGGCUAUGAGUCAGACAUUUCCAGCGAAUCCGGUUGCGAUUCCGUGCGCUCUUUCUACUCCGAGCUUCCAAGAAAUGAGGUUUACUAUGAUGAAGAAUACUCUGUCUAUGUUGACCAACACAUGGCUCUGGGAGAUCGUGAACGCGAAAGAAAUGAGCUCCGUCUUCAAAUUCUUCAAGAAUUGUAUUAA